AUGUCUGACACAGAGUCCACAGAAUUCGAGAAUGCCGUUGACUGUCAGAAUGCCAUGGGAGCAGUAGAUGAAGUUGCAAUGUUCGUGGUUUCAAUGUCGCCUGGUGGCUCCAUGAUUGAGCUACUCCUUGUGGUUUUAUUGAUAGGACUACAUACAGUCAGUGGCCAGAGCAGCUUAGUACAGUGUCACUGCAAUAUCAACAGGCUAAGGGGCUCUGCGAUGGACGUAGUCUGUUCAAAGUCCAAGAAUCUUGCCGGGAAACUACAGUGUAGUAAAGCCGUCGUCCAGGACGUGCCGGCGGGCUACGAGUACGUGGAGCCGUGGGGGCUGUUCAAGCUGUACCGGCCGCACCUGGCGCGCGACGCGGCCUUCGCCACCUGCCAGCGCCACGGCGGCAGACUCGCCAUCCCCAGGGACAAGGUGGCGGCCGCCGCGCUGGGCAACAUCGUGUGA